UUAUUGAAUAAUUUGCCGCGACUAGAACUGGACAAUCACUUUUUAAAAGCACACAACUCAAAUUGUUAUCGUGAAUCUCCUUGAAACAGAACUUUACUUACUUAAAUGUUGAUAUAAGACAGAUGAACAAUAAGAGAGUUGACUUGUAGUGUUUGACUAUGGAAAGAAUGAGGAAAUAAGCUUCAUUCUAUCAAAAGAAGCAGAACAGUUCCUCUGUACUUUAGGCCUUCAAGGUAAAAAUUUUUGUGUUUUACAAACGACUGUUGUGGUUUGUGUCCUUUAAGUGUAUGUCUGAACGGUUAACCCAUAACUUUGUGAAUAAGUAUUGCACCUAAAACGUCUACUCUUUGGUUUCUUUCUCUUCAGAGCUGUUAAUCUCAGUCCUCCAAGAACAGUAAGUCAAACUGGGUAUGCUUGCAGCCCUUGAAGCAGUUGUGUAUGUUGAAUAGAGUUGCUUUGAGUUAUAAAUGUUUCUCUCGACUUCGUCAAAGGCACUACCGUAUAGAGUGAGCAAAAUACAAGCGUUCCUAAUAGUUUUGUAUUUUCCUAGAUUACCUAUUCAAGUGUACAGUUGCCUUAAGUUUCCUGAUACUUACUAUUUAUAUUUGCUAUCUACAUACUGAAUAUUAUCAUCAUCCGUUUACCUGGGAAUUCGUCUUUUAUAUGGAAUGUCAAAUACAGAAGUGUCUUCUUCCUUGUCUCUGGAUACUGUAUAGUUGCUUGAAAACUGUUGCCUCGUUUGAAUUUCACCAAGUCAAUACAAUUCCUCGAUUUGAAACAACGGAAAGCUUUUCUUGCUCUGGUGACAGUCUGACCUUGUUGAGAUCGACAAACCACGUACAACAAAGAGAUAUAUGGUAUGAACUCAGUUUAGGAACUUAUCCUAUUGCAUUGGAUUUGUGGCUACCACAACACGUUCGGUAUCCUUUGCUCUCAGUGGAAACGGUUCCUAACAACGACACUUUGGACUGUACAAGGAUUCAUACAGUGACACCUGACGCCAUCUUCUUGGCGGGUGCAGUGCUGCACGAUAUCCAGUGGAACAACAAAGUUGACGACUUACAAGGCUGGUCUUUUCAGUCAAUUCAAUGGAACCAUCAACAACCUUUUGAUAUAUCAAUAGCGGAGACCGUAUCAGAAAACCAUAUGCUCUCAUUUACUCUUUUACAUGCCACCGCGUCAGUGGCUAGUAACGAUAUAUUAUUGGUUCCAAACAGUUCACUUUGGCUCGUUCAGGUCUAUAACAAGCAACCAAAUUCCGUUGACCAAGUUUGCUUGAAAUUCUUUGUCUUUGGUUGUGCAGAGCAGUUUUUAUGGGAUGAUCCAACCACCUAUGAUUUUCCUUAUGUUUCUAUGAGAAACAAUUAUCAUUCAUUUGAAGAAGCAAGAACUUCAAGUCAUCCACAUCCUUAUAUUGCUUGGUAUCCCUUUCUUUGGAUGGAUGAUGUGAAGACGCACAAACUAAGGUGGAAUUACUCCGAGCCAAGUCCAGAGGAAAGUCAGCAAAUUGAUUCAUGGAAACUUGGAGAUGAAUAUACCGUUGGUGUUCUUACAUUUUCAAUAGAUGUUUCAAGGAUCGAAUGGAAGCGGCUUUCUUUUGGACUAUCAAUAGGUUAUGCAACUGUGCCACCUUUUGUAGAUAGAUGGACACGAAAAGUAGGUGAACUCCUUAUUGCAAGUCUUGCAACUGCAAUGGCUAUAUUAUUGUUUUUAUAUUAUUGUCAUUUUGAGCGUCGCAAAUAUACAGAAGAUGCUGUUUGGAGUGCUGAAAAGUUGCAUUCUCAUCACAGUUGUUUACCCAUUUCGGAAGAAACUGUUCCUUUGCUCUAUAGGAAUAAUACUUUUACGAUUCUCAAUAGCAUGAAGACAACUUGAAAACAAAAUUGGGAUGACAUUAUGUAUGCUUGUGCUCUUCAUAUUGGCAAACUUCGUAUCUUCCAGUUUAAUAGCGAGUACCAAUAUGUGGGAGAUAUAGCAUAUGUUUGUGCAUAAUAGAACCCGUAAUGUUAUUCUCAAAUGUAGCACAAUUUCUUUCAUUGGAAUGUCUUUGAGUUAUACUACUACUUUUCAAAGUUUAGGAGCGAAUAUUCUUUUGUUUCUCUUCGUCAAGACUCGACUCGCAUUGUUUUUUUCAACAACCUUUGUGCUUCAUUUGUUAUUAAUGCUGCUUGAUUGCUUGUUAAAGGCUAUCAGCAUACAGGUUGGAUGAAAACAGUUUCAAAGAAUUUUGUUGAGAAAUAAGUGAUAGGAAGCCUGUAUUCAUAGCGUUGCUUUGAAAUAUACUUUAUGAUAUAUUUCUGCAGACAUUGAUUGGUUCAGGUCCAACAUGUAUUCUAUUCUGAAGCAAGUUGUCUAAUUUGAAAAAGGCACUUGUGUAUCCUGCCCAAGACAAAAUCAGGUACAUUUGUGUCUGUCGAGGCUUUGAGAAACUUU